UAAAUAACUCUUGCCAAAAUCAGUAGGUCCAAACUUCCCUUACCAUACUACCAACGAUAUUACAAUGGUAAAAAGAAAAAGUGAGUCCACGGUCAAACUCGCUGCGGAUCCGAUUCUCAGAUUUCCUCUGAUAUCCGAAAAUGAAGUAAUGGAUCGAGAAGCUAAGUACAUGAGCCGCCUUAAUGAUUUCACUGUUAGUGCGGACUUGGUCAAGGGUGCCCAACGCGACUUCUAUGAUCAGGAGGUUGAAAGAAUGUACCGGGAGCACUGGGAGCAUCAUUUGCGUUGUGAUGGGUUGCCACGUCCCUAUCUUCCCGUCGAAGUACGAACAUUUAUUUCCAAAAUGCGCUUUUACGAUGACGUUGAAACGAAUAAUUCGAUGGACUGGACCUUGUCGGUGGACGAACGCUCCAUAUUGAAUCAGAAUAUCUUCAGGGUGGACAGAACCCGACGUUUGAUGAUGCUCAACAAAGAUAAUCCGGGCACACACUAUGACCGGAAUGUUCAAAUGUGUUUGGAUGCAUUGAAGCAAAUGGAUGCAAUGCUGGACAGCGAGGCUGAAAUGGUGCGAAUGUCAGAAAAAAGGCAGAGGGAUGUAAUUGAAGUUUACACCGAAGUCGAGAGGGAAAUUAGUGACCUCUUUGAUCGCCUAACCUAUCGAGUGUUGAGACUGCAAGAUGCAUAUAUGGAAUCCAAGGAUAGUCGGGUUGCUGUGUGGAGCUACAUAUGUAACCCUUGGAGAAUAGAUUUGUGGGGAGUGCGAAAUGUGCCAAUUAUUUUUGAACAGUUGGAAUUGCCAGUAAUGUUGGCCGAGUUUAGUGCCACGAGUGUUGAAGUCCAGAUACCGAAGAGUGUACUUACAGAUUGCGUAACUAUUCGUAGCUUACACACGGAUUUCGAUAACAUUUCGCAAAAUGCCAAGAGCUUCGAUACUCCCGUUACAGUAUCGGUCAAUUAUCCCAGCGCUGGCUUAGUGGACAUAGAGGACUCGGUGGUCAACGAAUGGCACAUGCAACACGAUAUCCAGGAGGAGACAUUGAGUCUGAUGUUAGCCAGGAGGCGAGAGUACGAGGAGAUGAUGGAGAUCAUCGCCGAGAAAACGGAGCAGGCAGCUAAGGCGGCUAAACAAACUGAUCCCGACAAGGCGGUCAAAAUCAUAAUUCCCAAGGCACCGAAAGAACCCCCAGAGGUUCCAACGGGCAUGUUUCCCGACAUCUACGAAGAUUUCCUAAGAAUGGAGGAUAGCCAGUACUUAGGGUAUCUCGAUGAGGUAUAUCAUCCACGGCUUUUAGAUAUGCAGCCGUACGAAAUAAAUCUUAGGGAGCACAUCAUGCUUGGUGGCAUCUACAGCAUUAUGUUCAUCCGGCGACCUGACCAAACUCAGUUUGAGAAGUUCAACAUCGUCUUGCACGAGGAUGGACGUGUGGUUCACAUACUGACAGAAAUGAAGGCCGAUAUAAAGGAAGAUACGCUACGGAGUUCGAAAGUAGCCAGGAAAACCAGGGAGACCUACCGGGGCACCAAAAUCAAGCUGGAAGAUGACGAACUUCCAUAUUUCAUCGUGACCCUGCAAGUGGCCGCGGAUCUCUGCAAGUGGAGUGAGCCCGUGGUUUGCCAUUUUAUGACCGAGCAGGAUCUUAUUCCGACGGAUUACAAGCGCGAAUCCCUCUGGGUGCCGACAUUACAAAGUGUUAUAAAGCAUUCGGAACAUGCCGGUAGGGAGAGCGCGCUCAACUUAGGCAGUCGAAUUUCAAGUGAUUCCGGAAACAUAUUUCGACCUAGUCUUCGGUCAUUACUGAGACAGAGUAAAGUCGGAACGGCUCCAACAGCCGAAGCUCCCAUAGAGAACUUCAAGCUGCAGAAAACACUGAACCAUCUGGAAAUUAGAGCACUGGAAAGAUAUUGUAUACCCCGGAUCAUUUCAUCGUUUAAGUUUCCCGCGGACUUUCAAGAUGAAAAACGAGAAUUUUUCAGACAGGGCCCAAAGGCUUUGGUCAAACGUCAAGAGGAAGCCGUAAAUCAAGUUAAGAUCUUAGAUUUUAACUAUAAUUCCCAGACGAAUAAUCCAGAACGAAUGUUCCCCCACUUUCCAAAAGUUGAUCCGAUCCAAUAUCCCAUUCCCGACGAUGACUCGGAACCAGGUCCUGUUAACCCCACAACUGCGCUCGAAGUUCUGAAAACAUUCGACAACAUUAAAUCUAAGUACCGGGAAAAGCCUGUCGACUUAUUAAGCCAGCCCGACGAGCAGGACAAGAAACAGAAGCAAAAAAAAUUGGCCCUAAAGGAGGAGGAUGAUAUAGCAGAAGGACAGACCGGAAAGCGUAAAUUGUCUAAGGCUCCUGACAGAAUCCGGGUAAGUGUUAGGACGGAAAGGUCGGAUCGAGCUAGUGUCAGCUCAGAAAAAGAAGCAACGACUGAUCAGGUGACCGAAGAAGAAGUAACCCACUGGACAACUAGGUACAUUAAGGACACUGUAAUCGAUAGAGCGACCAAUAGAAUUACGUUCAAGACAGAUCGGCUGGGACUUUUGGGAUUGGCCUUUAAGCGGUACGAGCAUUUUCCAUUUCGUAAUUGGUCAUUGCAGCCAAAUGAGGAAAACCCUGAUGAGAUCAUACUAUGCGUCGACACGUUCCAUGUUCGUAUAUUUUUCUACAUCACAUGCAAGGGAGUUAGGGGCUAUGUGACUGAUCUGAGCAAGGGAUACACGGCCAAACCGUUUAAAUAUCUGGAGAUUGUGGAACCAAUAUCAGACUUUCGGCAAAUGCGUCAGUUAUUUAUUAGCAAGAACGUCAAUAUAUUUGCCGAGAACGAUGCUAGUUUCUAUAUCGAAAACGGAUACUUUUCAAUGAAGCACAUGGCUCUCGAGAUGCACACCUACAAUAUAAUGGCUCUCCAUUGUAAGUUGAUGAAGUUCUACCGAUCGAGCUGGAAUCGUCUCGCCCCGCGACGCGAUAUCAUUUUGGGCAUGAAGAUCGCCAAGGACAACUCAGAUUAUUCCGAGGUCACUAUGCGCAUUACUCCAGAGAAAACAACAUUUGUUCAGAUUUCAGAAAAUUGCUCAGAUAAGGUGAAUGUUAUUGUGCUGAACUACAGUAACACUUGGCGAAAUAUCGGCAACUUUACGGAUCUACAUCAGGCUAUAAACUCGAUGGUGCCGAAUGCCACAGAAGUGCGGAAUAAGGAUUCUAUUCUUCUAUAUUAUGUAACUCGAAUGCUCAAAGAAAUACGGCUUUUAAGCUUUUCGUAGAAUUUCAAUAUAUUUUGUACAUCUAUACUAUCUGAUCUUGAGUAAAAUAUAAAGUGCAUAAAAAUGUA